AUGUAACCAUCAUCAAAAUAGCCACCUAAGGAGGAUGAGUAAUGCUCGGUGGAGGAUCAUAUACUGAAGAAGUUUGAAUUGCUGGAAUUUAAGGGGAAGGGAGCAUACGGUGUGGUAUGGAAGGCAAUAGAUCGUAAAACGAAAUAAAUUGUGGCACUAAAGAAAAUUUUCGAUGCUUUUCAUAAUGUAACUGAUUCUUAAAGAACAUUCAGAGAGGUGAUGUUUUUGGAGCAACUGAACAAUCAUGAAAACAUAAUUAAAUUGACAUCUGUCAUAAAGGCAGAGAACAACAAAGAUUUAUAUAUGGUAUUCGAUUACAUGGAGACAGAUUUACAUAAGGUCAUACGAGCUAAUAUUCUUGAGCCUGUUCACAAGAGAUACAUCGUGUAUCAAGUUUUAAAGGGUUUAAAAUAUCUGCAUACUGGAGAAUUGAUACAUCGAGAUUUGAAGCCUUCGAAUUUGCUGAUCAAUUCAGAAUGUAAAGUGAAAGUAGCAGAUUUUGGAUUGGCAAGGAGUGUAGCAAAACCAGAUGACAACACAAACCCAAUUCUAACUGAAUAUGUAGCUACUAGAUGGUAUAGAGCCCCUGAAAUAUUGUUGGGAUCUCAAUAUUAUUCAAAGGCAGUCGAUAUGUGGAGUCUAGGAUGCAUUGUGGGAGAGAUGAUAGUUGGAAAAGCCAUAUUUCCUGGAACAUCAACUAUGAAUUAGAUUGAAAGGAUAAUCGAACUCUGUGAUCGACCCAAACCUGAGGAUAUCGAAGCAUUAAGAGCCCCAUUAGCAGAACGAGUCUUGGAUGAUAUAAAAACACAAAAGAGGAAGAGUUUUGCUUAGUAUUUUUCUGCUGCCUCUGAAGAUGCUAUAGAUUUUCUCAGAAAAACGCUGGUUUACAAUCCCAAUAAAAGAAUGACGGUAGAGUAGGCAUUUGAGCAUCGCUAUGUCAAGGAAUUUAAGAAUUGUGAAGAUGAAACUAAGAGAGACUCUCCUUUUGAAACAUACAUGGAUGACAAUCGCAAAUAUUCGAUAAAAGAGUACCAGAAUUUUCUGUAUAAUCGCAUAGUUUAAAAGAAGAGGAAUGAACAUAAAUCAUCAUUGAUGUUUAGAAACUAAAAUAAUGGGAGUGUCAAUCUUAGCGUUGAUAAAUCCCCAUCUCCAACUAAGAAGGAUUCUUCUAUAGUUAAGAAGGAUUCAGAAACAUCUAAUAUUGAUAAUGAUUUUCAACAUCAUGGUCAUGGUCGUGCUCUUCAUCAGAAGUCUUAGUCCUACUCUUAAGGGUAGUUUAUGCAGAGGAAAAACACCUCACAGGAGGAUACUUAGUUUUAGGUCUCGACUCACCAAAGUCCUACUUAUAAGAAGCAUCAAUAGAUGUUUCCGAUUGUCGAUUCCAGCAGUCCAAUUAAUAAAGGCAGUAGAAAGUCCUCCUUGGAUAAAAAGUUACAAAGCACCAUGACUUCUGCUCUCAUGUAGGCUACUCUGUCUCAAUAAUAAUUCUCAAGAAAAGGAUCUUAAGGUUCUAUAUCUAAAACAACUGUUUUCAAUAAAUCCACCAUUAACACACAAUACAACUCCUUGUUUCAGAAAAAAAAGUGAACUUAUUAAAUAUCUAUAUACCAAAUUUAUUAUCUUUCAAAGAUCA